CUACUCGUGCUCUGUCUCUCUCUGUCUCAAAAGUAAAUAAAAACAUUAAAAAAAAAAAAGAACGAAAAGGACGUAUCUGUCUUGGACAUCACUGUAUUACACUUGCCCAGAGGUGUCCAUCUGUGGAUGUGCAGUGCUGGAAGGAACACUGGACCAAGAAACAGAACAUCUGGGCUGCCUCACUCCAUCAUUGAUGUGUCCUCUCCUGGGCCUUUGUAUCAGCUUCUGUAGAAAAGAAGUGCUUCAGGGUGAUGGUCAUGGUGACAUUAAAUUAUGUCAGUGCUUCCUAAUCUAUUUGAGAAUUUGAGUCAUCUGGGAAGCUUUAAAAUAUAUAGCUUCUCAAGCUCCCAUGAGCACAUACUUUGAUUUAACAGGACUGGGGUCCAGGUUGGAGGUCUGCAUUUUUCAAAAGCCUCCGCCCUAGGCAAUUCUGACAUAAAAUCACCUUUAGAAACCCUGGACCACAUGAUGUCUCCCUCCCAGUUCUAAAUGUCCACAUCCUGUGAAGUACUGAGCAUCCUAUCAGAUCCAAGCAACCCAUUAUCUGGCUCCACCCUUCUCAGUCCAUCUAGCUGGUCUUGGAGGCUGCCUUACCUCCACGCCCACCUAAAAAGAAAAGGCAAAUUAAAAUGAGGGGCUGGUCUCUUGAUCCAGAUCUUCACACCCACUGCCACCUUCAUCCCCACCUCCCACUCAGUCCCCUUCUCUGGGUGCUGCCUUCCAAAGGUCGAGCCUGUAGUCUCCAGGGUUGCCAUCACCAUUCCAAGGUACCAAACCCAACGCGGAGAUAGGAAUUUCGACCCAUCGUGGAAUUUACACGCGGACCUGAAUCCUCUGUGGAUUCUAGCCUCUUCCCAAAGGCAUUUUAUGCCCUGCGAUGGUAUUCUGGGUGUCUUGUAUGCUAAUCCCGCCCACCGCCAGGUAGUCUAUGAAGUUGGAGCUCUUAAAAGAAGUGCACAACAUUCCCAUUUUAGUGAGAUGUUUUGGACAUUCCACGAUCUUCCAUCCUUCUUCUUUCCUUCCUUCCCCUCCCCCGUCCCAUCUCCUUCCAUCAAGGAAAGGGUUCUGAUCACUGCUCUUCCAGCCCACUUAGAGAGGAGGCUGAGUGUUCAGUUCACCUGGAGGCCCGGGGAGAACGUGGCUCCCACCUCUUGCAGUUUUAUGAUGAGUCUCUUUCCAUCGCACAAGGCAGUUAUUAAUCAUGACUGAUGCUCACUGACCAAGCCCAAACAAAUGUGUGGCACACUCCACAUACCACACACAGUCACAAAUAUUUGCUUUGCUCACAUGGGCCCGCACGAGGAUACCAUUUCCUCCUGGGACGAGCCACAGGACCGGACCUCGGAGAGCAGCCACUCUGCCUGCAGCAGGAGGCGCAGGGCCCCCGGCUUUUGCCCGUCUGGUUUUCCGGGACGAGCACCCACGAUGAAACGGGGUUGGCUGCCAGCUUGCCACCCGAGGAGAUGUGCAAGGGGAGGACCCAUUCCAGAGACAGAGGCCGCGGCUCCCUCUGACCUGGGCUAAUGACGGCUGGCCCGUGUUUGGCCAUGAUGACAGGUCUUUUCGAAGAUGGCAUUUUUACCCUCUGGACAAAUAGCAGUUGGCCCGAGUGGGGCUUUUUUAUGAGUUGAGGUACUCAGGGCUGGAAAAUAAACAGGCAGCUAAUGAGACGUUCUUAUGGAAACUGGCAUAAAUAAUAACAAAGGAAACAUCCUGUCCCCUGUGCCAACACCCUCCGGUGAGGGGCUAUAAAAGCUGCUGGCCGCUGGCCACCGUCAGACGUGGGGAACUCCGGCCGCGCUCCUGACCUGCCACCUGACCAGCCGGGACCAUGGGGUGCUGCCCGGGGGACUGCUUCACCUGCUGCCCUCAAGAUCAAGACUGCUGUGAAGUGUGCUGCUGCCAGCCCGCCUGCUGCGGCUGCUGCGGGUCCUGCUGCGGCUGCUGCGGGUCCUGCUGCGGCUGCGGGGGCUCGGGCUGCGGGAGCUCGGGCUGCGGAGGUUGCGGGAGCGGCUGCUGCGGGAGCGACUGCUGCGGCAGCGGCUGCGGCUCGGGCUGCGGGGGCUGCGGGUCCAGCUGCUGCGGGUCCAGCUGCUGCGGCUCGUCCGGGUGCUGCGGCCCCGUCUGCUGCCAGCCCACGCCCGUUUGCGAGACGAAGUGAAGCCGCCUGUCUUCUCCGCGGAGGUGGCCCAAGCAAAGCCUGCACCUGCUGCAGGUGGGGACCCCUCGUCUCCGGGACCUUCCCCGCAUCCAAGACAGCAUCCUGCCUCCGUGUUAUUGGUAGACGAGGGCUUGUUCUCCAGCGCCUGCCUUGGUGUUUCAAGGCCCCGAGCACAAGAGCCAUAUGCUGGUGAGAGAUGGAAACUGGUUCCCAUCCAAAGUGACCCCGAAGCUCACAGGGUGAAUCCCCAUGGCUUUAUUUUCAUGGACUCACAUGUCUUGUCACUAUAAGGCAUCCUCUGACUCAAGGUAGCUUUGGGACUGACCCUUCUCCUCAGCUUUCUGCUGCUUUUUGGUGCGAAGAUUUCUUUGUUAACUUCUUAAUAAAUUCGAGCUUGCUGGCGUAACCAAA